AUGACCGCCCCAAAAGAUCAAGCGGGUUUUACGACACGAGAUUCUCAGAGCGCGAUUUAUCCCUUAUCUCCUUCAAGUGCAUCCCCCGCAGGAAAUGUUCCAUCCAAAAAUGAUCAGCUACCAAACUUAACUAAAAGCGAUACAGAGCAGAAAAAGAAACUCAAGAGUCACUCGGGGGACGUGACGCAUGAGCAGUCGAACGACAAAAGUGGCGAAUGUAAGAAGAAGAAGAAAAAGAAACCUAAGGACUCGAAUGAAGGCAAGUAUGAGGAAGCCGCAAUUGAUGGUCAGGUCGCACACUCGAACGACACCAAGGUGCAAACACCAGAGGCUGCCUCAGAAAAGGCACAACAGAAGAAGAUAAAGAAGAUGAAAAGAAAGGCGGAAGAACAGUCGGAAGAAACACCUGAUAGCAAACCGCUCAAGAAAAAGAAAGGCAAUCAUCCACCAGAUUUGCCCUCCACAGAUCCUAGCGUAGACCAGUCUCUGUCUAAUCAAAGUCGGAAGGCAUUGUCGUAUGCAUAUGCACGAUUUGAGGAUCCACCAAACUGGAAGUUCAAUAAAGCCAGGCAGAUAUGGCUAAUUAAAAGAUUGUGGUCGGAAGAAAUGAUACCUGAGAAGUAUUUUGUCCUAGUAACCAAAUAUCUCGCAGAUGUGAAGGGGGGAAUUCGAGACAACCUGAUACAGAUGUGCAAUUCUGUAGUUACCUCGGAGACACCAGAUCCUGUGACUCCAGUGUCAACCGUUCUACCGACUGAUCUUUCGAAUGGAGAGUCCAAUAUCACGACCAAAGUGAUGAGAGCUCGUAGCUUACUGGAUGCUCUGUCGGAUGUACAGUGA